AUGGGUGACCUUUCGGGAAGUGGUUUCCGAAACCGUGUGAGUGAGGCCAAAAACACGGGGAAAGGUCAGGUGUUGAUUGCACGGAUAGUAAAAAAAUCAUUAGAGCCUCUCGAAAAUAACGGACCGGCCGUCGGACAGGGGCUUUGCGAUUUGACAAAGAUCAAUGGUGUCUCUGAAGAUGCCAUCAAGCUGAGACUCUUUCUUAUGUCUCUAGCUGACAAAGCUCACCAAUGGGAGAAGAGCUUGCCCCAUGGCACAAUCACCACUUGGGAUGAAUGCAAGAAGCCCUUUCUUGCAAAUUUUUUCUCCACCGGUCGCACAGCCAAGCUUAGGAGUGAGAUAUCGAGCUUCAUACAGUGA